GAUGAAGAAACCCUAUAUAUUCAGGUCAAUGCCAUUCCAUAACCAUUUGAACAGCUCAGGCAGAAAUCAGUGUCUUAUCUUCAAUCUGUUAUCUUGUCGUCUCUUUCCGUUCCAACAUUUUUCUACACAACAGACUCAUUUUUGGACAACCGUAGUCAAAUACUUUGCUGUUGACUUGAGCAUCGAAGAGAAUCGUUCCCUCAGAACCGACGGGAUAACUGACGUGGUGAGAUCAGGUGAAGAUGCUGCGCUCCCAGCUGCAGGUGCUGCUUGUGGCUCUGUCCUCGUCUGUGUUGCUGGCGAGGGUCAGCAGCGCUCCACACAGAGACAUUCGGACUGAACUGCUAAGGCCAGACACAACCCAGGAGAACGAGGAUCUCACCCGCCUGCUCCUGCUGAAGCUCAUGACUGACCCUGUGACCGUGGGGGAGAAUGAGGUACUAACCAGCGUCGAGGAGGAGUUAGGACUCAGGGAGGAGGUGACGAGGCGCCAGCUGCCUUUAUCCCAGCGAGAACGCAAGGCAGGUUGCCGGAACUUCUUUUGGAAGACUUUCACCUCAUGUUAACGUCUGGUCACAGAUCUCUUAAAGACAGCACAGUACUUAUAGCUCUGUCACACAAUAUAAAUAUAUUUUGCACUUUAUUCAUUCAAAAUGUGUAGAAUGUCGGUUCCUUUAUCUUUGGGGCACCUCUUCAAUUCUGGAUCAGUGUGAAAUUGAGUUUGUCCCUAUUCUUCUGUUGCCUGUGGUUUAUCAGUGUAACAUACAUGGUAUGGGCGUUGAUUAAUCGGAUUAGGAAGUAUGGAUAGCGACAUUGGGGUCUUAAAGACAAGGUGUCAGUUUGCGCUUGUACAAAAGCUGACUGCAUUGGGAAACUAUACAGGAAAAAAACUCAAAAUUGCUGAUUAAAAAGGUGUUCUGUUUAUUCUCUGGCUAGAUGCUGUUGGUUUUCUUUCACAAAAUCUAAAUGUGUGUACUGCAUAUGUUUUGAGGUGUGAUAUACACUUUAAAAAAAAAUACAUUGUUACUGUUUAUUUAAUAAGAGUGAUGGUUUAUUGUUUUUAUUAUGUACUACAAUCAGCAUUGGGGGGAGGGGGGGGGGAGGGUGCAGACACACCAAACGCGCACGCAUCCACGAGCGCACACACAAUUCCCAUCAACACACAGGUUAACAAAGUAACAUAAAAAAAUUAUGAAAAGAAAUAAUGGGGUGAAUUAUUUUGCCAUUGGCACCACACCUUGUACUAAAGGUGCCAAAGAAAUGUCAAAAGGAGAAAUGGUAAACAGAAAGCAAUGACUUAUAAUGAGAAACAUUGGGUUGGCAAAUACAUUGUAUUAUGACUGUUCUGAAUAUAACUUCCCUAGUUAAAAACUACUAAUAACUGAAUACCACAGAUGAACUGAACAUGUACAACACAAGAGGAAAUAAAUAGAUGCAUGGCAAAAUGUAAGUCACAGGGUUCCACAAUUGUGCUGAUUGAUCAUAACUCAAGAGUACAAUCAAUUAAUGUAACCAAACACGAUACAAGAAAAAAUACAAUAAAAAGAAAUGUCUUGGAGACUGAGGGAUUGGCAUCAAACUUGAUGACUUAAAGGUUUUCCUUAG